AUGGAAGGGGAAGGGGCUUCGGGGCUGUACAACCCGCGGUCAGCAGAGGAGGUGUUCAAGGAUUUCAGGGGCAGGCGUGCUGGGUUGAUCAAGGCUCUCACCACUGGUCCUCUCUCUCUCUCUCUCACACACACACACACCCACACACACACACACUCCUUCUCCGACUUCCCGCUCUCUAGCUCGGAUUUUCUAUUCAUUCGUCAUAUCGUGCUCGGUGUCGAACGUCGUGCGUUUUUCUGACAUCUGAUUGUGCCUUUCUUCUCCUUCCGUUGCAGAUGUGGACAAGUUUUACCACCAAUGUGAUCCCGGUGAGUUACUCCCUCCUUUUUUCCCUUCUCUGGAGGGGCUUCGGGUAUUAAACUCCGUAGUUUGUUUCGUACGAAUUGUUAUGGGAGAGGUUUCUUAAGUAGUGUGGAGGAUUGAAAGAUGUCUGACUUCUAGAUUCCUCAUUUCUUUAUUGUCAUUCCUUUUUUUUCGGUACUGCAACCUAUGUGCGGUUUCCCUUUCGAAAGCUAUAAUUCUUUUCACUCAUGGUUGGGGUUAUUCGAUGUUUUCUCUUGAUUUUAGUUUUUCUAAAUGCCGUAUUCCUAGGUCGGCGUUCCAUUAUGGAGUUUAUUGAUUUUCUUUCGAUGCAUGUUUUUGGAUAAAAAGUAACCUCAAAAAAGCUUUCAUGAAAUUAUGGGAAUUCUUGGUGAAAUACUGAAAUUUACCUGCAUUUUUUAAAAUUUCUCAUGAUGUUGUCCUAGUUACCUGUGGAGUUUAAUUUUUUUUAUGUGAUAAAAAUAGUAGCAAUCUUGAAGUGUCACUUAUUUAUUUGUUAUUUUGACUUGUUUCUAAUUUAUCGACAUGUUGCUGGAUGGUUUUGUAUUAUGGAUUUGUUCCGAAGGUAACUUAUUGCUGAACUUUAUUAUCAUAUGUUGAUAGGUAUUUUUUUAAUUAUUAUUACUAUUAUUCCAAUCUGUUCUACAUUUUCUGCUUGGUGGAUAUCAUCAUUUUUUCUCGGGGAAGCAUCUCUGGUGGUUUGUGGGUAUCUUUGGAAGAAAUUUGCUUCGUAUUCUGAUUCGCCUUGUUGUUCAUACAGAGAAAGAGAAUUUGUGUCUUUAUGGGCUGCCAAAUGAAACCUGGGAAGUCACUUUGCCUGCAGAAGAGGUGCCUCCAGAACUUCCUGAGCCAGCCUUGGGAAUCAAUUUUGCUAGAGAUGGCAUGGAUGAAAAGGACUGGUUGGCCCUGGUUGCAGUUCACAGUGAUGCAUGGUUGCUUGCCGUUGCGUUCUAUUUUGGUGCUCGAUUUGGGUUUGAUAAGGAAGCAAGGUAACCAUAUCUCGGUGGUCUUGAUCAAUUAAGUGCUCUGAUUCCUCUUUGUUCCAGUAUUCCUCUUUAUUUGUGCCAUUUUUUCGUCAUUUGUUUCUCAGCAGAGACUAUUAGAAGUAAUAAGUGUGAAAUUCUUCUCCUUGGUUACUUAUGGAUUAGCUCUAUACUAUUAUUUUUUCUAACUUAUUGACUACCUAGAAGAAGUAUUCUUUUCCCCUGCUAAAUAUAGACAUCUUAUUUUUUUGGUCUCCAUUUGUGUUUCUUUUUUACUUUUCCCACUAUGUUGCUAUUUUGAUGAAUUUGCUAAUCACUGAUACCUCUGACUGGGUUUUUUGUUUCCACAUCUCCUGCUUUCAUUUCUUUCGUUUGUGAAGCUACUCUUUUACUCAUCCAUAAAACGUGCAUUCCAUAACAUUCUGAAAUAUGAUUGUAUCUGCAGUUAUGUUCAAACUUUUCAGAUUCAUGAUACCAUUCAUAUUUCAGAUUAUAAAAUAUCACUGAAUAAUGUAUCUGGUUUGGCAGCAUCAACCUGAGUCUGUUUGCUUAUCUUGUCAUGUGAUGGCAUGGUUCUUCCAUAGAGCAGUGCACCCUAAAGUUAAAGUUUUUUUCUUUUGAUAUGCAUCAGAUAUGUACAUCAUUUCCCUAAUUAUUAACGAAUGAUUUCUUGUAUGCACAACAUAUUGUACGUGCCGUAUCAUCAAAGACAUUGAGACCCAUGUAAUUUUAGGAAUUUCAUAGUUAUUUUGCCUUGAUAGUCUAUUAUCAAUCUUUUUUUGUUACCUUGAUGACAUAUUUAAUCAUCCACUGUGAUGAUGGGUCUUGAAAUCCGGCCUCAAUUCUCCACACGUUUUGAGACAGAAUCCCCAAGCUCUAUCUUCUCAAAAGUCAGAACCUGUUUUUGGCUUCACUGUGAAGAAUAAAGGUUCCUCACCACCGUAAAUUUCAAUGAAAGCAAUGGCCAGAUACCGACGUAUGUUACAAUUGGGCCUCACUGUCUUCAAUCCUUAAACCAUCUGCUUCAUUGACUGGCUCAUCUGCCGAUUAUUGGGUCAAUGAACUAGUCAUAAGAAAUAUAUUAUCAUUUUCUCUCAACUUCAGACAUCCUCUUGAUGGAAAAUUGUCCUGUAACUUGCCUUAUUUAACUAGUUUAGUGAAAAAUCUUCAAGGAUGUGAUGUAGUUAACUAUACACACCUGUGACCUAUUUGACCCAAAUGUUGUACUUCACUGUCAAGGCCUCUAUCUUGCUUUCAAAACUGAACAUAUUAGCUGCUCUAUGGUUUCACCCGUAAAGGUGCAUUGUGUUUCACAUUCUUGCUGACGUUUCCUAUAAUCUGGAAGUAAAGCUGCAUUGCGCAUAAUAAUAAUUAUUUGAAGUUUAAGAAAAGGUGCAUGGUGGUUGCAAGUUGAUGCUCUCAUUUUAUUUUUUUUGGUUGGUGGUCGAAGCUAUUAGUGCGGUGAUGGAAUCGACAUUGGAGACUGGUGUGCUUACUGUUUUGUAUAUUUUUUGUGUGGGAGCUCGCUCUAGGAUAGUACUGUUUACUGGAGGGUGGGAUCAUACCAUUUAUUUUCACUGAAACAAUAUCUAUACGUGAUUGAGUACCUUUACCAAUAUGCUUGUGCUAUAGAAUCUAAAAUGAUAGAAUUAUGUAGUUCUUGACUUGGAGCAACAUCGCAGGAGGAGGCUCUUCCAGAUGAUCAACAACCUGCCCACGGUAUUCGAAAUUGUGACAGGAGCCGCCAAGAAGCAGACGGAGGGGAAGACCCCAAGCACCAGCAGCAAGUCCAACAAAUCCAGCUCUAAGACGGUGAAUCAAAACCCCCAUCAUCCCCCUGUCAAUCCGGUUCCUCCUCUGAUCUCUCAUGGCUGCCGUCAUACGACAGAAGCCCUGAUACCCACCCAUCUGCACCUUUUGCUUUCUCCUCCCUCUUCAGCCGGGUAAGCAGCCUGGGGCGCAGGCCAAGGUGUCGAAGAUGCCGCCGCUGAAGGGAGGGGACAGCGGAGACGAGGACCUGGGGGAAGAGGACGAAGAAGAGCACGGGAAUACUCUUUGCGGCGCCUGCGGGAGCAACUACGCGAACGACGAGUUCUGGAUUUGCUGCGACAUCUGCGAGAGAUGGUUCCAUGGGAAGUGCGUCAAGAUCACCCCCGCGAGGGCCGAGCACAUCAAGCAGUACAAGUGCCCCGCCUGCAGCAACAAAAGAAGCAGAGUCGCUUGA